CUGUUCGAGUAUUUUGUGACAUGACGUCAAAGAGUGGUGUUGGUGUGACAGAGAUUGGACAUGACAGUGAAUCAAGAACACUCGUGAGUGGAUAUGAUCCUCCAGGUUCUUACAAGAGAAAGAUUAAAUAUGAAAUUUCCAUCGAGCAGAUUGUUGCCAUUAUCAACCAGUCCAAGAAUUGCGAGCAGUUUAUAAGAUAUGAAUGUCAUCAUAGCGUUUUUAGGUAUAGCUCCACAGGUACAUAUUAUGGUUGGUGGGUAUCACGUCAAGGUUCAAAGAUGAAUUACUGGGGUGGAGCGGCAGUCGACAGUGGAAAAUGUGCCUGUGGAAUGACCAACAGCUGCGCUGGUGGAUGGAAAUGUAAUUGUGACGUGAAUGAUGCAACAUGGCGUGAAGACAGUGGAUACCUGACAGACAAGAACACGCUUCCUGUUACUGAGCUGAGAUUUGGAGAUACUGAAGCAAGUCAAGAAAAAGGAUAUCAUACAUUAGGAAGGCUGCGUUGUUGGAAUUAAAACCUAACUUUCCAGGUGAUCUCAUGCACGCUUUUAUUUUAACCGACAAUCAGCGCUCAAAAGGAUUGUCCAAAUAGAAAUCCAUUUCUCAGUAUUUAACCGUUUAUAUCUUUCGUAAUUCUUUAUGAAGCUUGUCAAAAUUUUGUGAUUGUGUUCACUUACAGAAGCUAUAGCUCUGACAUAAAUUUCAAACCGAGAUAAAGUAUUUCAAGAGAUAGUUGUAUGUUUUAAUACAGAAAUGGAUUAAUUUCUAUUUGACAACUAGUUCCAGUCAUUUCCCACGUUUUCAGAUCACCUGGUUACCAGAUAUAUCGAACAGUAAAUUAGUAAAAAACAUGUAUACCUAAUUGAGAAUUUGUACUGCUGAGAUAAUCCUUUGACAAAAAAACAUUUCCAUAUAUACAGUAUGAAGUCAGUAUGACUAUGAGAUCGGUAAAUUGUGUAUAAAAGACGAAGGCUUCUAUAGUAUAUAUAAUUUGAGACUAGGGGCCGGUGAUCAUACGAUUAGCUUAAACGGUGGAUAAGUCAAAUUUAAAUAACACUCUUACAUCUAUCUUGAAUGAGUCAACUUGUAUAUUAUGCAUUGAAUAUAUAGUUGUAAACAGUGUCUUUGUAUUAAGGUAAAAAACAUGUCUGAAGGAACACGUCUGUCU